AUGGCUGAUGCCGGGUACUUGACGUUCGCGUUUUUUAUGGAAAACAUCAACUGCCUUACCUACGACGACCUUAAUAACUACGAGAAUCUGCAAUUCGUUAAUGAUAAAUCGGAGGGGGCCGCUUCUGUCUCGAGGGAAAGUGAUGGAAGUGACGUCACAAAGUCAACAGGCCGCUGGUUCUAUUCGAUUGACGAGGUGAACGCGAUGCAAGGUCAACGCAAGAAGAACAAACUCUCGUUCAAAGGUCCGGACAGCGCCGACCGCGAGACCGUAGAGAAACAACAAAGGGACUUCCAAUACGUUGUGAUGACGAUAAAAAAACUGAACGCGGACGUAUUAGACAUAAACAAUAGGAUAACCAGCUUGAAUCGGUUCAUAGACGAGAAGCUUUCGAAUGUAAUCGUUCGGAGGAGCGCUCACGGCAGACUCAAGCGAGAUUUGGACAGCGCGUCAAACUUGACAGCUGUCAAAACUGACGCAAACGUUACCAAGAGCAGCGGAAGGAAAUCUAUGAACGCCCCCGGAGCGCCGAACAUUCUCAAAGAGAAACUGUUGAGCUAUUUAGAUGACGCAUUCGGAGACAUAAAAAACAAGAUGGCCGUCCUUAACGUCGUAAAAAUGUCUUAUAAAAACAAUGGCUAUUUCAAAAUAGGCUACAUCACGGCCAGCCUGGACACUCUGAAGGUCUAUCUGGAUAACAUGAAGCAGGAUAUGAAUGCGAACAAAGAAUUUUGGGACGAUAAAAGGGUUUUGAAUUUGUUCGACAAACUUAAGGCCGCGGAUAACGCUGUCAACGGACUUCUGGAGACGUUGAAGCUAAAAAUGCUCUGA